AUCAGAGCAGACGGCCCAGCGACAAAGAACAUCAACGACUUGUUCAUCACCGCCAAACCACAGCCAAGAUGACCAAACGCACCAAGAAGGUCGGAGUUACCGGCAAGUACGGUACUAGAUACGGUGCUUCCCUCCGUAAGCAGGUCAAGAAGAUGGAAAUCACACAGCACGCAAGAUACCUCUGCACGUUCUGCGGAAAGACCACUGUUAAACGCCACUCUGUCGGCAUCUGGGACUGCAGGUCGUGCAAGAAGACCGUCGCUGGAGGCGCUUACGUCGUUUCCACCCCAGCCGCCGCUGCCAUGCGUUCCACGCUCCGCCGUCUGAGGGAAAUUGCUGAGGUUUAGAUGGGAUGACAUUGUUGUGGAUACAUUUGCUGGUGCAUGGGAUCGGUCCCUCCGGAUGAGAACCGAUAUUUUGUCGAUGCGGACUUCGAUCAUGGCUGCGAUAGAGUCUCAAUGAAAUGAAUCAAAACUCUCACUUGA